GCCACAUUGUCGCGGCAGGAGGGCAUUUGGGUAUGACCGAGCCCUCGCAGGACACAGGUGCUUUUCGCCUCAAAUAGGCAGAGCCGCCGCGUUCUUCAUGCAUAUCUUAUCAUUUUUUUGACCGCUGCUAUGGCUUUAACGCCAGCAACCCUGAUCGAUGGCGCCGAGACACCGGCUAGUACAACGCCUGGACACCAACAUCAUCAUCACCAUCACCACUUAGACGGUGCUGGAAGAAGGAUCAGGCACCUACUCCUUCCAGAUGGGAGGCAAGUGCACGUCGCAGGGAAUCCAGAUGAGGCUCGCCGGAUGGGCCAGACAUUGCGCCUGAACGAGCAGGACAACUUCGAUCUGGUCGUUCAUGGGAGUCCUGAGCAUAUCGAAGCCCUUCGCGAUACUCAUUCUCAUCAUGAAGAGCGGCAUCGCCAGCUCAAGGAAGAGUACCCAGACCUUGCUGCUGAGUUCGAACAUGUGUUCCGCGAACUUGGCGCCCUUUCCUCUGAACUCCAUAUGAUCAGCGAGCACGCUGUGCGACUUGAUGCAAAUUUCUCGAAGUAUGGCUAUUCUGCGCAUCUGCGUACCAGGGAUUAUAGCGAUGAAGAUGGCUCCUCGACUAGUGACUCAAAUUUUGACAAAGAAACAUGGCACGCUGACCUGAAGCUCGGCGAGACAAUGCGCUUCUAUCAAAAGCCCAUUGUGCGCCAAUACUUUCACAAGGGACUUCUUUGGCGCGCGCGAGAGGCACAGGAAGUCGCUAGUUACGAGCUGUUUAUCGACCUUUUCUAUGUUGGUAUUAUCGCGAUUACGGGUGACACCGCAGCCGAGCAUCCAAAUGGGCAAUCACUGCUCCACUUUGUCAUCACAUUUAUCAUGGGCUGGAAAUUUUGGAGCGAUAUCAGUUUACUCAUCUCGUGGUUCGACAGCGACGACGUUCUACGGCGCUGCAGCGUACUGUUCAUCCUGACAUGUUUGCUUGGCUUCACGACAAACAUGGUGGACGCGUUCGAGCACACAUAUACGCCACUGGUCGCGUUUUACGUUACUGCGAGGCUGUUCCUGAUCAUGAGCCUGUUCUGGUACGCGUACUUGAUCCCGAUGGUCCGCGCGUCCAUGAUCGGCAAUGGUAUCAUUGCGCUCAUCCCAGUAACUCUUUGGAUAGGCAGUAUCUACGUCGAAGAACCCGUUCGCCAGGGUCUCAUCUGGACCGCAAUAAUGUUCGAUCUUUUUGGAAGCUAUCUGAUGAUCACACUUCAGAGACCUGGAGGCUUCCAACGCAAACUGCCCGCAAGCUGGCAAGAGCGGCUGGAGUUUUUUCCAGGGACUAAUAUCGAACACAGGAUCGAGCGAACGAACGCUUUUGUUACUUUGGUCUUUGGGUCUUGUGUAUUGGGCAUCUUAUACCAAAGCUCUUCGGCGAUGGGUGUCAAUGCUUUUUUCGGCAAGGCUGUGCUUGGCCUUGUCCAAGCAUUCACUUUCAAUUGGAUAUACUUCGAGAUUGACUCCUUCAACCUGCAUACACAUGCUAUCCGACGGCACGUGGGAUCAGCUAUGGUUUGGUUCUCAAUCCACCUGCCGUUCAUCAUGUCCUUCGUCCUAAGCGCUGGUGCACUCGCAGUACUGGUUCGAGCCCACGACUGUCUGGACGCCGAGGUGGAGUCACUGUUUGAAACCUCCAUACCUCGUUCAGACGAUCACAUCUCGAUAGGUCUGCAAUGGUAUUACUGCGGUGGUCUUGGCAUCUCUCUCCUUUGUCUCGCAAUCAUCGCAUGGACGCAUACACAUCGUAAGAUUCCGAAUCAGCGCAUCAAGAAACACUUCCGCCUCCUCUUUCGUGUCGCCAUGGCUAUCGUCAUCACCUGUCUCCCAUUAGCGCAUCUCGAUAGCCUAGAGUUAGUCGCCGCUACGUCUGGGCUGGUCGUAUGUGUGCUGGUACUGGAGCUGGUUGGAAGCACUUGUUGGGGCGAAAGCUUCUGGUGGAACGCGAAUUGCGGCAGAAACAAGUGCAGUUACGGCGCAAAAUGCAGCGUGAGGAAGGAAGAAUUAGAGAAAUCGCUUAAAGACGGAACGGCACUGAAUGUAGAGGAAAUUGCGAAAAGAGAGGGAAAAGAGAGGGGCUAUAUUGGGGCUGUGUAAUGGAGGAGACUUAUGGAAGAGGACUAUUUUGGUCAAUGACGGGGCAGUCCUUGAGUGCGUCGAACGUGGUGAAACCUUUCGUGGUGGCAUAAACAAUACGAUCGAGGCCUGCACUGCAAGUAUGAGCGGUAUCGGAGCAAUCGCAGAGUCGAGACGCCUCAAAGAUAGAUCUAUUGUAUGGCGUCACCCAAGUCAUCUAGAAAGAGCUGACAGCAGUGCCUAUACUCAAAACUCAUGCGAUGCCGACUCUUGACAAUCCGAGUC